UCAGUUAGUGGUGUGAGGUGUCAGUAAAUACUUGUGUUUCCUAAUUCAGUGAUUUAAACAACUGAUGCCGUUUUGAAUUAAAGCUCUGCUAACUUUAUUCAUAUCUUGUGAUUGAAGUUAUCAAUAACACUCGACAAAAAACAGAAGUCGUUUUCAGCGUCUUCUUAUGAAUCUAGUCGACGAAGAAUGGAUGCAAGUACAUUUAAGUGACGAAAAAAUGACUUAAUAACACCUAUUGUGUUACUUUCACGGAGUACAGAGGUGUAAAACAACUCAUUAAAUUCAGUGUUUAGCUUUCUGUUAAUUCUCAGUCUUAACUAACCAAAAUAAAUAUAACGUUACAUUGUCAAGUGACUGAGAUUUAUUUCAGUGACGUUUUGAAACUGAGAGUCUGAGGAAACGUUAAAGGGCGGCGCGCGCGUGCUGUAUAUAUACUUCCUGCUAAAGAAUCGAAACCGAAAGUGAUGACAGGCGGUAUAUAUACGCGACAGUCAACACUAAACCCAGACCCGAGGAGGAAGAUCAACAGUCUGUAUUUCAACAUUUAAUGUCAUUUGGCUUAAAGGAAAAAUGUCUGAAGGUGAAAUGAAAGCGAGAAUCCUCGACUUCCUGAGGAGAAAUGGUAAAUCUACCGCGUUGAGUAUUUCUAAAGAUCUUAAGGUAAGCAGAGGCGAAGCAAACAAACACCUGUACGGCUUAGAGAAGUCAAAACAGGUAAAAAAAGACGACGGAACACCUCCUAUCUGGGAUCUAAUGGAGUCGACAGAUGAUCCCAGACCAGUUCUGAAGCCUGACACUGUUACUGUGAGUGACAUCGUUCCUUUAGAGAAAGUGAGUGAGAUCUUGAGAUCCGGAGGAAAAACGGGUUUAAAAGCUCAUGAGAUCGCCAGAGAUCUGGGACUGACGAAAAAAACUGUCAAUAAACAUCUGCACAGUCUGCGGGACAAGGGUGAAUUACAGAUAUCUGAGAAUCACAAGUGGAUAAGGAAUGACCACCAAGACAGUGAAGCGUCUGUGGACUCCAGGGUCUCUGAUUCAAUGUUGUCUCAGUGUUUCGAUGUGAUUAAAAAACUUGGUGAAGGAGCCUAUGGUUGUGUUUAUAAAACUAAACAUAAAUAUGAUGGCAAGAUGUACGCUGUGAAGAAAGUCGAACUGACAGACGAUGCUGAUGCUGAGGUCAAGGCUUUGGCCAAAUUAGAACAUCCAAACAUUGUACGUUAUACUACAUGCUGGCCGAGUUCUCAUAAUUUGGUUUCGUGUCAAGACACAUCUGACCAAUCAGAUUCUUUAAUAGACUCUUCAUCAGACUUCGAGGAAUCCUGUUAUGUAACAAGUCAUGAUGACACAUCAGGAAUGGAGAGUCUGAGUAUAUCAUGGAAAUCAGAAUCUCCUGCUAAACCGUCAAAAAUUCACAGUACAGAGAGUUCAGACCCUACAAAUCACAGAAAGUAUUUGUUCAUUCAGAUGGAGUUCUGUGAAGGCGGUACACUAACAACAUGGAUACACAAGAGAAAUAUCGACGAAAAACAAAGGACCACAACAGAAAUUUAUCAAAUAUUUCAUGGAAUUGUCAGCGGAGUGGAAUACGUUCAUUCACAAAAUCUUAUCCACCGAGACCUGAAGCCUGAUAACAUAUUGUUUGGCGCUGAAGGCAAAGUGAAAAUUGGAGAUUUUGGUCUGGCAGCUACCCUGACAAAUCCCAACGGUGCUGCUAUAUACAGAACAAAAGGAAGAGGAACAGCGUCGUAUAUGAGUCCUGAACAGGGACUUCAGAGUGAUUAUGGUUCAAAAACAGACAUAUUUCCUCUUGGACUUAUAUGGUUUGAGAUGCUAUGGAAGUUGUCUACGGUCAUGGAGAAAUUCCGACUUUGGCCAGAUUUGAGAAAUACAAAAUUUCCAGAAGGAUUCUGUGAUAGACAUUCAACUGAGCAUGAAUUCAUCAGAAAGAUGCUCUCAAACGCACCGGGGGAUAGACCCAGUGCCACAGAAAUAAAAGAAAAUCUUGACAGAUUUUUCUCUAUUAAUCAAUUUUUUUGCCAGAAAACAGUGUAAAUGUUCGAAUGAACUAUUCAAUGAUCUUUUAACACAUGAUUCGUAAUUUGGGGAGUGGUUUUGUAAAAGCUGUAUGUGGAUUGAUAAUCAUGUUCUUCAGUAAUAUACUCUACAUUAUUUUAAUGGAUUGAGGAUGCCGAACAGAAAUGUAUUUUACAACUUUAACACUGUAAAAUUAAGACAAAUAAAAUAAAAAAAUUAAGUAAA